AUGGAGCGUGUAGCCAAAGGGCGGGUGAAGUAUUCUAAAACUUCCUGCUAUCUCUGCAGCGAGUGGCUGGAUGAUAAUGUUGUCGAGAAACAUUUGCUGCAUUGCCGCCAGAAACAAAUCGUGUGCCCGAACGGGUGUGGUGCGAUCGUACAGCAGAAACUACUCCAGCUACAUCUAAGCACUUGCAGUGCGGGCUACGGUGAGCGGAAACCGACCAAGACCAUCAAGAACAGCUACGAACGCGAAAGCACUGCCAGCAACACCAUGUCGUCGAUGGAUGAAGCCUCGGCCAACACUGUGGUUGAUGAUACGGCAUCUGUGGUGUUCGGUUUAGAGAAAAACAUUCGCGAAAUGAAAGUGUCUGCUGCGGGAGUAAAAUCCCGCAUGGUCUACCUGGAAGCGCGGCUGGAUGGGUUGCUCCUAGCAUGCAAUACGCUGUUGGAGGUGUUGCGUAAAAUCGCUGCUGCCGGCGGCCAGCCGCCGAACGAUGCGAACGAGCUGAUCGCUCAUGAGCUGAAGAACAUAAAGACCCAGUUGGAGCCCCUCUCGAUUACGGCCUCCUUGGACAACCAGGCGGGUGGAUCACAGCACGCACCAGUAGCUGUCGGGGGGGCAGGCAUCCCGGUCGCGUCGUCGGACUUGGAAAAGAAGGUUAAACAGCUGGAAGAGCGGGUCACCAAAUAUCAGCAAGAUACCCAGCGCACUAAUCAGCGCUUUGAUAUGAUGGAAAACCAUUUCAAGGUGGCAUACUAUCAGGCCGGAUUGGCCAGCCAAACCGGGCGCAUCAUUUGGUGCAUAAAUGACUAUUCCUACCACUUGGCAAAUGCGAAGGCCUACAAUGUAAUGAUGCGUGGACCAAUCUUUAGCCAUGCCCAGUAUGGCUACACGCUGCAGGUAGAGGUGGACUUGAACGGUGUGGGCCCCUAUCGGGGCCGCAACAUGUCGGCUGGCGUGUUGGUGCUGUCCGGGCCGUACGAUGCCUUGCUGAAUUGGCCGUGUCGCUUUAACGCGACAUUUAUACUUCAUGACCAGUGUGCAGACCGCUCAACUGCACAUAACAUCACCAAGCCGUUUAUCGUAAGGCAAAGAAACCGACAGGAUGGAUGCAACCAGUACGUGCAUGUACUGCACGAAACACUUCGCUGCUGCAAUUAUCUCAAAAAUAAUUCUUUGAUGAUCGAGAUGAUUGUGGAAUACCAGGCUGACACAAGCCAGGAGUAG